GGGGAUUUUUGGGGACAAGGGACGGAAAACUCUUGGCACACUGCUGUUAAACAGAUGACAUUGCGACGCCGUUAAAAUAUUCGCAUCGGCCUUGUUAUCGUCUAUUGUAAACAUUGCAACAAAAUAAAAAUAUUUCAAAUGUGAAAACAUGGAGAAUAUCCAAGAAAUAUGCCGCACAUGUCUUCGUCGCAGUCAAAAUGAGGAUUUAGUUCACAUGAUGAAUAUCACAAGUUAUUCCAAACAUCAAAGAAAAAGUUAUGCGGAAAUUCUAAUAGAAUUUGCCAAUAUGAAAAUUAUUGAAGAUGAUGAGGAGAAGAUGCCCCAACAUUUAUGUUCGGUCUGUUGUGAACAAAUACAAAAAACGUACCUCUUUGUGAAGCAAAUUCAAUCGUGUCAUGACAAGCUGACCAAGUGUCUUAGAGAGGGAAUGCUUGAAUUUCCCCAAACAUUUGACAUAAAAAAUGAAUUACACAGAGGCGAGGAGUCUGAAGAACACACAACAUCUUUUGAAACGACGGACUAUCAUGAACUAGCGGAUGCAGUCACAGAAGAAGGUAAUUCUGAUGGUGCAGAUGAAUGUGAUGAUGAUCGAACCGUUGAAAAUAUAUCAAAAGGUGUGUUAGAAGACUCAGACUAUGGAGAGGCAUUUGAAGAGAGUCUGCAGGACGAUAGUGAUAAUAAUGCUGCAGAAAAUGAUGAUGACGACUUGGCAAAUGAAAAAAUAGAAGUAUCAGAUGAAUCUACUCGUCCAAAACGAGGUUACUCUUGCAAAAUUUGUGAAACAGUCUUUAACAACCGGCAGCAAAUGAAAAUCCAUAUACUUAAACACAAACAAGAGGGAAAAACGAGAAAUUACAAAAACUUGCCAAGCAUUAGUGACCAUUUGGUGGAUGAAGAUGCAAGCGAAAAGGGAACAAAUCUUGAAAUAGAUAAUAUUUCAUUUCAAUGCAAUUUGUGCGAUUACACAGUUGGAACUUAUACCGCCUUAUAUUUUCACAAACGUUCUAAGCAUGGAACUGAAGAGGAUCGAAUUAAAUGUAAAUUUUGUUCGUAUAAAAAUAUUAAAAAAUUUGAUAUGUUUUUGCACAUCAAGAAACAACAUUUAUCGGAGAUCAAAGCGCUUAAGCAGAAUAUGGAGGAUGAAGAAAAUAAUAUGAGCCAAGCCUCUGAGGAAGAAAACGAAGUUUCGAAUGAUGGUCCUCAUAAUGCCAUUGAUAACGAUAAUAAUGACCCACUUGAAAAGAAGAGCGAUAUAGUCAGUAAAGGCAAAAACAUUUGUACGAGUGGCGAUGAGGAAUAUAUUAGAGACAUAUUACAUAUAAAAAAGCGGCUGCCCAAGUCAUCUCAACGGCGAAGAAACUCAAAAACAAAAAUAAUUAAUGGACAAAACGCUUUAGGAGCAACUACACCAACAGAAGAGCUUGAGGCCAAUUCAUGUUCUUGUUGCGAAAUAGUCUUCAUAAAUAAUGACGAACUUAUGAUGCAUAUGUUUUUGGAACAUAAGGAAGAAUGCUCCACAACAGAUAAUUGUACUGAAACGGAUAAUGAAGAACUUGCAUGCAAUUAUUGUUCCUCGAAUUUCAAUAAUAACAGAAAUUUAAGAGAUCAUAUCAAAGACCAACAUCCAGAACACACAACAAAAUGCUCAGGUAAAGAUGAAGAAAAUUCUACUUUGGCCAGAAAAUCAAAGGUGAUAAAAUGCCGCUUAUGCGAUUACACAACAAAGUCUUAUGCAGGCCUAAACUAUCAUACAAAAUCUAAACAUGGAAAAGAAAGUGACAAAAUCAAAUGUCGAUUUUGUUCGUAUACCUGUAUUAAAAAAUUCGAUUUAUUGCACCACACAAAACGAGUCCACUUGGCCAUAGUUAAAAGUAUAAGAAAGAAAGCCGACCAAAUUGAACAAACAAAGACAGAAACUGCAGAUUCGAGAUCCUCUGCCGAUAUGGAAAGCAUAGUUCAGGAAUAUCAAAAUUAUUCCGCCUUUGUAUGCGAUGAAGUUGACGAACAAAAUUUACAAGCUUCCAGUGGCGACGAAGAAACAAUUCGCGAUAUUUUACAAAUGAAAAAAAGAAUACCAAAAUCAUUGUCAACUAGUUCUUUCGCUAGACGCUGUGAAGAGUGUGGCAAUGUCUAUAAUAAUUCCUUAGCCCUAAGAGUUCACAGACGUUUGGUGCACAAAGAGCGUGAAUAUAGCAAAUGUCCACAUUGUGAGAGAAAAUAUAAAAGGUCAUAUGAUCUAAAACUGCAUAUACUAGCGAAGCAUCCCAAUAAAUUAGAUGAUGCAGACAAUGACACGACGCCUAAAUACAUUCGCAAAAAGCAGGAACGUGAAAAACGUUUCAUGUGUACCCAGUGCUCUUAUGUCUGCACCACAAUAACCUGUUUGACCAUUCACACACAUCGUCACCACACCGGGGAGAAACCGUAUAAAUGUGAAUUUUGUUCAAAGGCCUUUGUGGUGCCGGCCGAUUUGAAAACUCAUCGGUAUCUGCACACCGGCGAAAGACCUUACCAAUGUCCAGUUUGCGAAAAAGGUUUUCGUAAUUUGAAUGGCAUGAAACGUCACAAACGUAUACACAGUGAAAUCAAACCCUACAAUUGCACAGAGUGUGGAAAAGGGUUUUCCAAAAACUAUAAUCUGAAAAUACACAAACGAACGCAUAUGAAGAAGGAGCAAAAAAUCAAAUGCUUAGUGUGUGGUAAAUUUUUCGCAGAUAGAGCACUAUUAAAUGUCCAUCAAAUGAAUGAAAAUCAUCACGAGGAGGUGGACCAAUGGUGUAAUAAUUUUGGUGGGAAAAGACUCUCGGGGCGUAGAUUCCCGGAGCUAGUACGACGAAAACACAAUAAAACCAUGGAUGAAGAUGUUGGUGGUACAAAUAUUAAAUAUAGAACCUGUCGUACUUGUUUAAAAUCCCAGGAAAAGUUAAUGCCGCUUUUAAAUUUGGUUAACGCCGCACAGAAGACUUAUGGCCAACUGCUAGCAGAAUAUGCACAAUUAGAGUUUUCCAAUGAACAUGAAACAAAAAUGCCUCAAGGCCUAUGUACAAAAUGCUGUCGCCAACUCACUCGCACUUAUAAGUUUAUUAGUCAGGCCCAAGAAAGUAAUAAUAAACUUAUGAAAAUGGUUACCAGUAUUAAAGUAGAUUGCUUGCGGGAAGAAUCCAUAGAUUUGCCCAUGGAGGAGUCGGAAAUGAAAAACGAAUAUAAUCUUGAAGAUGUGAAUCCUUUCAAAGGCGCAAGUGAUCUAAGAGAACAAUCGUUAAACAACAACAAACGCAAAAAAAUAAUAACUGAUAACGAAAGAAACAAGGAGGACGAGUUGUUGAAUCAAAUGGGCGAUACUUCAUUAAAGUCUGAUACUGAUGAAAUAGAUCAUCUUGAACCCCCUGAACAAAAAUUCGUUUCGCUAAGUGGUGAUGCAAUCCCUAUAAAAUCACAAGUUUCCUGCCCCGUAUGUUUUAAACCAUUGAAAAAGGCAUAUCUAUUAAAACAUUUACGCAAAAUGCAUGAGAUUGCCACUCCAAGUAUUUACCUAAAAAUGCAACAAAAGCCUAAAAAUGCUACAAAAGAAGAAAGCUCUGCUAAGAAAACUUUUAAAUGUGAACUAUGCGAUUAUAUGGCCAAAAGUAAAGCGGGCAUGAAUUAUCAUAAACGCACAAAACACACCACGGAAAAUGACAAAUUUAAGUGCAAGUUUUGCGCUUUUGAUUGCUUAAAAAAAUUAGACUUAGUGGAUCAUAUAAAAGGCGAGCACAAAUCCCACAUUAAGGCUCUCAUACGCAAUGUUGAUAGAAAUAUAACAAAUGAUUCGGAGGAUUCAGACUAUAUCAGCAAUGGCAAUGCGAAAGCAAAUUUUGCUCUCAACCAAGGAAGCGAUGAUGAUGAGGAAUUUAUAAGAGAAAUGAUAAAAGAAGACAGAAAAAUAUUGAAAUUUAAUUAUGUUGAUGGUAAACCCUACAAUUCUUUGGCUAGAAAAUGCGACCAAUGUGAUAAGGUCUACAAGGAUUUUCCCUCGCUGUAUGCCCACAAGCGUUUCGUACAUAUGAGCGAGGAUAUGUAUAGCGUCUGUCUACAUUGUGGCAAAAAGUACAAGCGAAGUAAAGAUCUAAAAAAUCACAUAGCACAUGUACAUUCCGAUCAACAAGUAACAGAAACGUUUCUUCAAGUUCCUUCAGAAGUUCCAGAUAAACGAUUUCAAUGUCCCGACUGUGAUUACUCAACGACUACUAGCACCCAUUUAAAACUUCAUAUAAGACGCCAUCAUACUGGUGAAAAACCAUACGUUUGUGAAAUUUGUGGUAAUUCAUUUUUGACCUCGUAUGAUCUGAAAAAGCAUAGUUAUUUGCAUACAGGUGAAAAACCAUACAAGUGUCCCUUAUGUCCAAAGACAUUUCGAGUCAGUUCAAAAUUAACAAAACACAAACGAGUGCAUUCCGGUGAAAGACCAUUCAAGUGUGCAAUAUGUGGAAAAGGAUUUACCCAAGAAUACAAUUUAUCGGUGCAUAAACGAACUCAUGCAAAGGAACAGAAAGCUAGUCUUCCGGUGGAAUGCUUGAAAAUAAUGAGCCUAAAUAAAAAUAGUAAAUGUCGAACAUGCCUUAAAGGCAACACAAAAUUAACGUUAAUUAAUACUAAACCCAAAAAGGUGAAAUUGGAUAAAACAUAUAUGGAACUGAUAAAUCACAUCGCCCAAGUUGAGUUUGAUACAGAUGACGAACACAAAAUGCCACAAGGAAUAUGUUCCAUAUGCACUAAAAAGAUACGCGAGUCGUAUAUGUUCAUCAAGCAAGUGAGAAAGUGCAAUAUGUUUUUCCUAAAGAAUACCAUACACAUUGCGGAUGAUGAUCGACCGUUGGCCAGUUUUGCAACAGAGAGCAUCGUUUUAGAGGAUUGCGUCGAUGAGACAAGCAUAAAGCAAGAGGUUAAUCCCUUCGAUGAGGAGGAAAUGAAAAUAAAUGAGCCUAAGGAAGAAUUAGAUUCAGAUUCUUCAGACAGUUCGGUUGACAAUUUUGAGCCCAUGCCACCUGAUGACACCAGCGAUGCAGAAACAAAGGAGCCUACAAAACUUUCACAGGAACCAACCGAACUUCCCGUAAAAGAGGAGACAAUUGAAAAAACAAAGAGCGAACAAGCUGAAUUAUUUCCAGAGUUUUUGAAUGAAACCGCAUUUUCCGAUGAUGAUUCUUUAAGCGACAUGGUUUCCGUUAAAUCGGAAAAUGAUCCAUCUUACGAUCCUUUGGAAAGUAAAACAAAGAAGAGAUCAAAAGAUUUGGUGGACGAUGACAAAAAUUUACCAGUGCCCUGUGAAGAUUGUGACCGCGUUUUCCAAAAUGCCAGCCAACUCAAGCGCCACAAAAAGGACACCCAUUUACCGGAUGAAUUGAAGGUGCAGUGUCCCAACUGUCCGGCCAAAUUUAGUAGACGUCAUAACAUGUAUACACACAUGAGAACUUUGCACAAAAUCGAGCCGGUAUUGGAACCAAAAGUUCAAACUGGAAAAAUCAGAAAAUCGGUUACAUGUGAAAUUUGCCAGAAAAGCUAUUGCAAUAAAUACAAGUUGAUGGCCCACGUUAAGAAUAAACAUGGACCGGAAAGUAAUAUUCCAAAACCGGAGAAAAUCAAACAACCAGCCAAACGUUUUCUGUGCGCAUUGUGCGGUUUCACCUGCAACAGUCAACCCAAUCUGGAUGUUCACUAUAGAAGACACACCGGCGAGAGACCAUUUAAGUGUGACCAUUGUGAUCGUCGUUUUUAUCGCAUGUACGAUGUUCAAAUGCAUAACCUCAGUCACACAGGUGAAAGGCCAUUUAAAUGCACCGUGUGUGAGAAAGCUUUUAGAAGAUCGAGUAAACUGAAGAUUCAUAUGAGAACACAUACCAAUGAACGUCCCUAUAAAUGUACAGAAUGUGAAAAAGCCUUCAAACAAUCGAAAGACUUGACGGUCCACAGGCGAAUACACACCGGAGAAAGGCCUUAUAAGUGCAAUGUUUGUGAAAGUACUUUCAUACAGAGUAAUUCACUGAGAUUACAUCAAACCAAGACAAAACAUUUCGAUACGAACAGUAUAAACAAUACAAAUAACACCAAUAACACUCUUCUUCUAAAUAACUCAAAUUGUGUUGUUAUUCCCAAUGCAAAUACGAUUUUAAAUUCGAAUCCAACUACAAAUUCCAAUUCAUCUCUAAAUACCAAUUUGCCGUUAAAUACAAAUACAAAUACGACUGCGAAUAAUGCAACAAAUAAUGUAAGCAGUGGCGAUAGCCAUGAGGAAACAAAAUUUAGCGACAUCAUUAUGAACAAACUGCUGUAGAUUUUAAGAUACAUACAUAUAUGUGUAUGCAAUUUUUUGUAAUAAUAGGUUUAAAAAACAUUUAAUUUAAUUACAUAUGUAUUUGAAAAUCAAGCUGGCGGUUUAGAUUAUGUUGCAGAAAGUCUUAGUUCAAUAUGAGAAAUACAUAUUACGUUAAAAACUGUAUAUGUGUGGUAGUAUAAGAGGUUUUAUGUACACACUUUGUCCCCACAUAGAAUGUACCGUUACCCUUAAUACAAGGCAACGCAACCUGCAUAAAUUUUAUUCUAAAAAAGAAAGUGCCAAUCCAACAAGUGAAUGAGAACCAAAACAGAAAGGCACCGCUUUUUUAAAUUUUUACUGUGAGCAUUAUGAUUUUAAAAUUUUCCUUCACGACCUAAUUUUAUUUAAUUUAUUAAUUAAAAUUGCAUCCUAAGCGAUGUAUGUUUGACGUUUUUUCUAGGAAUAUUAUUUUAAAAAAAUUUUAUUUUGUUUUAUAGUUUAACAUGAUUUUGUCUUUAUUUAUUUAAUUAAUUGUUAAUAUUUUGUGCCAAGCGUUUUUAUUUGUAUUGUCCAUGGUGAUAUGUAUUCAUAUACACUUUUACCACAUAAUCUAGACCAUAAGCUUGAUUUUUAUCAGGAAAGCGAGAAAAAAAAUCUUCGAAUAUACAAGUCGCUUGCAGAAAUAAGUAUUUAAAUCAACUCGCAUAAUGUCACAUUGGAAAACCUUUUCGCCACAAAAAUGUUUUUUUGUUAAGAUAUUACAUCACUAUAAAAUAAGGCAAUUUUCAAUGCUUUCGAAUAUUAAUGGUAUAAUUUGUUACAUUCUUUGGGUUGCCAUCAUACUAAAACACUGUUUCCAAGAUGCAGAAAAUGUUUAGUAUUACCCGCGAUUUUAGAAAACUGUUUAACAACUUUCCUCUUAUUCGUGUACACUCCACUAUUAUACUGAUAUGACAAAAUUAUUUUAUUCCGCUUUAAAGUACUGGAUGCUAAGUAUACAUACUAAACGAAGUGGAGCGUAAUUAUAAUAUUAGAAAUCGUAAAAUAAAUUCAUAAAAAUCAAGAAAAA